AUGGGAACGAUUUGUCUCCUGAACUGGGCUCCGGUGACUAACAUCUUUGGAGUGGCCAGGGUCAGAAGCAGUGAAAUUCACGUUCUCGUCGAGCUGCCUCAGGUCGACACCAACAGCACGUGGCGUUCUCAAACGGUCACCCAUCCAACUUUAGGAUUCGAACCUGAUUUUUUAUAUCCGUUAGAAAAUGUUACGAUCGCACAAGGAAGAGACGCCAUAUUCACAUGCGUCGUCAAUAACCUGGGGGGAUACCGGGUAGCGUGGAUAAAAGCAGAUACGAAAGCAAUUUUAGCAAUACACGAACACGUUAUAACAAACAAUGCAAGGCUAUCGGUUACCCAUAACGAUUACAAUACUUGGACGUUAAAUAUAAGAGGAGUUAGAAGAGAGGAUAGAGGGCAAUAUAUGUGCCAAGUAAAUACGGAUCCGAUGAAAAAAGUAGUUAUACCACCCGAUAUUAUUUACGAAGAAACAUCUGGAGAUUUGAUGGUCCCCGAAGGAGGUUCUGCAAAACUUGUUUGUAAAGCUAGAGGACAUCCAAAACCAAAAGUCGUUUGGAGAAGAGAAGAUGGUGGUGAUAUAAUCGUUAGAGGUGGAACUUCUGCUAAAUCGAGAAUGCCUUCCGUCGAAGGUGAAAUGUUAACUUUAAGUAAAGUAACAAGAUCCGAAAUGGGAGCCUAUUUGUGUAUAGCAGCCAAUGGUGUACCACCAUCCGUCAGUAAAAGAAUGAUGCUUCAUGUACAUUUUCAUCCACUUAUUCAAGUUCCCAAUCAAUUAGUAGGAGCUCCAAUAGCAGCCGACGUUGUACUUCAUUGUCACGUGGAAGCAUCGCCAAAAGCAAUUAAUUAUUGGACCAGAGAAUCUGGAGAAAUGAUAAUAAGCAAUGAAAAAUACAAAAUGUCAGAAACAAGUAAUUCAUAUUAUUCAGUUCAAAUGAGACUCAGCAUAAAAUCACUUUCGAAAAAUGAUAUGGGGGGUUAUAAGUGCAUAUCAAAAAAUUCAAUUGGUGAUGCCGAAGGAAAUAUUCGCCUUUAUGGUAAUUAUUAUUAUUAUUAUUUUAAUUAUUUCCCCGGCGGGGGGGGGAGUCGGAGUAAAACAAAAAAAAAUUAUUUAUUUUUCCCAACGAAAAAAUAA